AUGGACGAAGACUGCAAACGUGAUCUCGAAAACCUGGAAAUAUCUGUAAUGGAGCGGGAGAAGGAAGUGCUUGACGUGACGGCUUUCAUCGUGAACAAUAAUCCGAUUCCUCUGGACGACAAUUGCAGCCCAGAGGACGUGAGGAGGAAGCAGCAUCAAUUGUGCGAGAUUCUAGCGAGUACGUUCAUUUGCGAGCAACCGAAAGAUUAUUCCCUUCCCGAUUCCCAAGAGUUACGUGUCCACAAAGUUCUGAAGGAACUCAACGACGAGAUCAAGAACGCUCAAAAACUUCUCGACGCGUUGAAGGCAGAACUUUCGGACGUUAAAGAGGACGUGUCUCGUUUGGAAGCAAAGAAACUGGGUUUGGCCAAAAUGAAGGAGGCUCAUUUAAACCGCGUCGUGACGCUAGAGACCGCGACGUACGCUAAAGAACGCGCCACGGCAUCGCGCAUCUAUCAUCAUGUGAAAUCCGACUUGCGCAGCGUAGUGGAAGCGGUGUUCCCCGACAAUCUGGAUUUCGAAAACCUCUUGGCGGAUUUAACGAGGGCGUACUUGAAAGGCGGUGACAACGUAUACGUGGACGUUACUCCCUACACUUUAGCCUACAUAAAUUAUCUGACCAGUGCCGAAAUAGCCGUGUAUCACAGGAACGAUCGAAGUAAAAUUCGGCUGAUGGAGAUGUUGUAAAGAAACACACAGGUUCUCCUUCAUGCCUCUCCUCUGAAAGAAGAAACAGAGAAUUGUUCGCACCUGGCCGCCUUCCCGCAUAAAAUUCUCUUACACUU